AUGAGAAAAAAGGUUCUUUUGAUGGGCCGUAGUGGAAGCGGCAAAAGCUCCAUGCGAAGUAUCGUCUUUAGCAAUUAUGUUGCAAAGAAUACUCGAAGAUUAGGUGCUACCAUCGAUAUUGAACAUUCGCACGUCCGAUUCCUUGGAAAUUUAGUUUUAAAUUUAUGGGAUUGUGGUGGUCAAGAAGCAUUUAUGGAAAACUAUCUGUCCGCCCAAAGAGAUCACAUUUUCAGGAACGUUCAGGUCCUUAUUUAUGUCUUUGACGUCGAAUCCAGGGAAUUUGAGAGAGAUUUGGUAUCUUUUAGGAAUUGCUUAGAAGCUACCAUAGCCAAUAGUCCCCAGGCUCGGGUUUUUUGCCUGAUUCACAAGAUGGACUUGGUCCAGGAAGAUCUAAGAGAUUUGGUGUUUGAAGAACGGAAAGCAAUUUUAUUAGAAGCUAGCAAAGAACUCAACACUACCUGUCUAGCUACUUCUAUCUGGGAUGAAACCUUGUUUAAGGCAUGGUCAGCGAUUGUAUAUACAUUGAUUCCCAAUACUCCCACAUUGGAAUCUCAUCUACGGGAAUUCUGUAAAGCUGCUGAAGCCGCCGAAGUUGUUUUGUUUGAAAGGACCACAUUUUUGGUAAUUUCUUCUUAUUCUUCUGAUGAAACCGUUGCUGUUGAUACGCAUAGGUUUGAAAAAAUAAGCAAUAUCGUCAAGCAGUUUAAAUUAAGCUGCAGCAAAAUGCAAGCGCAGUUCACUACCUUUGAGCUUCGCGGUGGAAAUUUCUCUGCUUUUAUUGUCCCCUAUACUGAAGAUACAUACAUAUUAGUGGUCAUAGCAGACCCUGAAAUUGAGUCCGCUGCUACUCUCAUGAAUAUACAAAGUGCUCGUCGGUAUAUUGAAACCUCAAAAGCAAAUAGUUCUCAAAACUAG